AUGAGGAAUUGGGUGGGCAAGAGAAGAGUAGAACUACCCAAGAGAAAGGGAACUCAAAAUUGGACUUUUGGAAACUGCAUUGCAAGUAUAGGCUACCCAGAUGAGGAAUUGGGUGGGCAAGAGAAGAGUAGAACUACCCAAGAGCAAGGGAACACAAAAUUGGACUUUUGGAAACUAGAAUCUGCAUUGCAAGGCUACCCAUAUAAGGAAUUGGGUGGGCAAGAGAAGAGUAGAACUACCCAAGAGCAAGGAAACUCAAAAUUGGACUUUUGGAAACUGGAAACUGCAUUGCAGUUUUCAUUUAAUUACAAUUUGAUUUUUGUUCUUUCCUUGGCCUUCAACCUCACCAAUUUGAAGAGUAGAGGCUACCCAAAUGAGGAAUUGGGUGGGCAAGAGAAGAGUAGAACUACCCAAGAGCAAGGGAACUCAAAAUUCGACUUUUGGAAACUGGAAACUGCAUUGCAGUUUUCAUUUAAUUACAAUUUGAUUUUUGUUCUUUCCUUGGCCUUCAACCUCACCAAUUUGAAGAGUAGAGGCUACCCAAAUGAGGAAUUGGGUGGGCAAGAGAAGAGUAGAACUACCCAAGAGCAAGGGAACUCAAAAUUCGACUUUUGGAAACUGGAAACUGCAUUGCAUUUCUAUUUUUAUUUGUAG